UAGAACGACUAUAGCUAUAGCUAGUAGUAUAUUCGUCUCCAAACUCCCUUCUCUUUCAAAAACCUCAUCUUUCUAGCACCUUCUCCGCCCUCAACCACCGCAUCUCCGACGUCCCUUUCAUCUCUGCUUAUUGUUCCGUACCUUCAAUUUCAGAGAGUAGAGACUAUAGAGAAUGGCAGUCUUACCUUGUGCGGGUACGUCGGUUGCGCUAUGUGGAGUUCAGCCUCAGUCGAUGUUGAGUGUUUCUAUUGCUAGCAAGUCGUUUGCUCGUUUGCCUUGUGUGAUACGUCCUAGAGGAUUUGCAUCAUCAUGUUCAAGUUUCUUCUCACAACAAUCCUUAUACACACUAUAUCAUAUGAGGUCUUCGAGUGGUAAUUUUCAUCACCGCAGAGGUAGCAGGCUCGUUGUUAGAGCUGAAUCGGAUUUCUAUUCGAUACUUGGGGUGUCAAAGAAUGCCAGCAAAUCAGAGAUUAAGAGUGCUUAUAGGAAACUUGCAAGGAGUUAUCAUCCUGACGUGAACAAAGAACCAGGAGCUGAACAAAAGUUCAAGGACAUUAGCAAUGCUUACGAGGUUUUGUCAGAUGAUGAAAAACGAUCCAUAUAUGACCGAUACGGUGAGGCUGGGCUUAAAGGUGCUGGCAUGGGGGGCCAAGGGGAUUUCAGCAGCCCAUUCGACAUCUUCGAGUCAUUAUUCGAUAUGGGCGGUAUGGGCGGCAUGGGAGGCCGAGGCUCACGUAACAUGGCUACAGAAGGUGAAGACCAGGGUUACAAUCUCGUCUUAAACUUCAAAGAAGCCGUGUUCGGUGCCGAAAAAGAGAUCGAAAUAACCAAACUUGACACCUGUAAGACUUGUGACGGGUCGGGUGCCAAGCCUGGGACCACCUCGUCUAGAUGCACCGCAUGUGGCGGUCAAGGUCAAGUCAUCUCAUCAGCCCGAACUCCGUUGGGCGUGUUUCAGCAAGUAUCCACAUGCCCUUCGUGUGACGGAAGUGGAGAAAUUUCCACCCCGUGUGAUACAUGUAAAGGAGACGGGCGUGUAAGAAAGUCAAAGAAAGUCAGCCUUAAAGUCCCGGCCGGGGUAGACUCGGGCAGCCGUUUAAGAGUCCGGUCAGAGGGUAACGCCGGAAGGAGAGGCGGGCCUCCUGGUGACCUUUUUGUAAUGAUUGACGUGCUUCCAGAUCCUGUGUUGAAACGUGACGACACAAAUAUUCUUUAUACUUGUAAAAUCUCGUAUCUGGAUGCUAUAUUGGGGACAACAGUGAAGGUGCCGACUGUGGACGGAACAGUUGAUUUGAAAAUCCCGAGUGGGACCCAGCCGGGGACGACUUUAGUGAUGGCGAAGAAGGGGGUUCCGCUUCUGAACAAGAGCAACAAGAGGGGUGAUCAGCUGGUGAGAGUGCAAGUAGAGAUACCGAAACGCGUAAGUGGUGAAGAAAAGAAGCUAAUCGAAGAAUUGUCGAAUCUUAAAAAGGGUAAAGUUGCAAGUAGCGCUAGAUAAUGUGUUUUGCUUCAAACUGAUUAUUUAUAAAUGUUUGAUCAUGGAUUCUGAGUGGUGCCUAUAUAUUCAUUUACUAAAUUAGUGAGGAAAAUAGACAUUUUUAGCAGAAUUUUUGGCAUUGGAUUUUAUGAUUAUGUUGAUUAUAAGUGAUAUUUUACGAAUGCAGUUUU